AGCAAAAGCAAAAGCAAAAGCAAAAACAUCCCAAAAAGAAAAGCAAAAGCAAAAGCAAACCAAACACGUCUCCACUGUCUGAAAAAAGCUCCUCUCUCUCUCUCUCAAAAGCAGACCGAACUCUCUAAACUUAUGGAAGAAGAUGGAGAAGACUUGACGCCAUUUUGGCUUCAAAGCUCCACCAAUCGCCGCCGCCGCCGCUCUCCCUCCUCCUUCUUCCUCAGCUCCGGCGCCCUGAUCUUCCUCUUAUGCGUAACUGCAUUUCUCUUCAUGUUCUUCAUCAUUCCUUCAAUUCUAUCUUUCACUACUCAAAUUUUCAGACCUAAUUUGGUGAAGAAAAGCUGGGACUCGAUCAAUAUAGUACUAGUUCUCUUUGCUCUGGUCUUCGGAUUUCUCAGCCGAAACAAGAACUAUGAUGAAGAUCAUCAUCAGGAUCAUCAGACUGUUUCUAGUAAUGUCAGAAAUGAGGUCCAGAAAUCGGAUUCGUCUACGGUUGAUCGGUGGUAUGAGUAUUCGGAUCAUCGGACGGUGUAUGAUUCAUCUGGUGUUGGUGGAUUGAGGAGGACUAGUAGGGCCAGUAGCUCGUAUCCAGAUCUGCGUGAAGCGUCGCCUUGGGACGCUGCCGCUGAUGAUCGGUGGCGAUUUUCCGAUGAUACUCAAGUGGAUGCGUAUCAGCAUUCGGAGUCCGAUCGGUUUCGCAGACGACGGAGUUGGAAACGGAUCGAAGAAGAAGAAGAAGAAGAUGAAGGAUCUGAUCGUAGCAAGACUAUUCAUGUUGAUACAUUGGUGAUUCGUGCUAAGGAAGAAGAUUCAUAUACUCCACCACUUCGGACUUCUCCGCCGCCGCCGCCGCCGCCGCCGCCACUACCAGCUGUUCAUCGGAAGCCAAAGCGAACCUAUGAAAGUAUCGCACAUAAAGAAAAACGAAAACAGCAAGUGAAGAAUGAAUCAGAACCGACGACAUCGGCGGCGCCACCUCCACCUCCACCUCCGCGGCCGCCGUCGAUGUCAUCGGAGAAGAAGAGCAGCAAAAGUGAUAGGAAAAGAAGCGGUGGAGCAAAUGUAACUAAGGACUUCUUGACAUCACUCUACCAUCAGAGCAAGAAGAAGAAGAAGCAAAGGCAAAAAAGCGUCGAUAAUUUCGAAUCUCUACUUCAAACUCAAUCUCUGUUUCAAUCUCCUCCUCUUACUUUACUACCACCACCAUCGCCGCCUCCGCCUCCUCCACCUCCGCCGCCACCGCCUUCCGUUUUUCAAAACAUGUUCUCAUCCAAAAAAGGCAAAAGCAAAAAAAUCCUCACAAUUCCACCACCGCCACCACCACCACCGCCACCCUCAACAACAACGAUCCAAACGGCACCGAUCGCUGCUCGCGAACCGCCUUUGCCGGUGAAGAUAAGCAAUUUCAACAAUGUCGAAGAAAAAUCCAACAGCGGAGGAGAAUCGCCGUUGACUGGAUCCGAGUCGCCGUUGAUUCGAAUUCCCCCACCGCCGCCGCCACCCCCACCGCCGUUCAAAAUGCCGGCCUGGAGAUUCGUGGUCCAAGGCGAUUACGUUCGGAUCGGAAGCAUGAACAGCUCUCGUAGUGACUCAUCGGAUGUUGAAGACGGUGAAUCGCCGAGAAGCGAAGUGUCGAUUGAGUCUGGUAGCGCCACCACCGCCGUGGACGGCGGGGAAGCGGUGGCGCAGCCGCUGUUCUGUCCGAGUCCGGAUGUGAAUACGAAAGCCGAUAUGUUUAUUGCGAAAUUCAGGGCUGGGCUUAAGCUUCAGAAAAUCAAUUCGAUAAAAAGGCUCGGUUUGUCCAAUCUAGGCCCAGAAACAAGGCCCGAACCAGGCCCAAGUUAAAUUUAUUGUUAAUUAUAAUUUCAUUUUAGGUCUCAAAUUUAUUCUUUCUUUUUUUUUAAAAAAAAAAACAAGGUUUAGAGGUUUGUUGAUUUGAUUUUGUUUUUUUCUAUUUUUUUUCCUGACAUAUAUAUAUAUAUACAUAUACAGUACACAUUGAGAGUUUUUGGUAAGGGUGCAAUGCAUAGAGGUUUUGUAAGGGUUUGAGGGCUGUAAAUUGUAUUUUUAUUAUGUUGUUUUUUUUUGGAGUCCACAUAACUGUUGUAUUUUUUGAAAUUUUAGAAAGAGUGAUAUGGUUGUGAUGUUUUGUUAUAUU